AUGGCUGUGAUUCAACCUUUUCCCGCAAGGGGUGUCCAAGUCCGCGAUGAGUUCGUCAAGCGCAAUUGGGCCUCGCGAGAACCGGGGCCUAUUCUCGUGUUUUGCAUUGUCUUUAUCGUGGGUGUUUUAAUUCUUGCCCUUAUUAUACAAAAAUCCGUGAAGGAUCGGCGGGAAGAGCGCGCGAAAUGGGAGAUUACAGAGAUUAAGGAUUGA